CGAUAUGGCAUAUGUCAGUUUUGGACCUCUGAACAGUUGAACUUGUUUGCCAAGCAAACUUCUCUUCUGGAAAAUAAAAUUAAUUUGUCGAACUUCAUAAGUGGAGCUGUCGCGGGUGCGUCCGUCAUUGUAACCACUCCCCUAGAUGUAGUGCGUACUCGUCUUGUAGCCUAGGAUAUAAGCAAAGGUUAUCGCAAUGCUAAUGAGCAGUAGACGCUAUAAUUCAUCAGUAGGGGAGGCAUGUGCCGUGGCCUAUCAUCAGCUCUAAUAUAAAUUACCCCUCCAAUGGGUUCAAACUUUAUGUUUUAUCGACUAUUUUCUCAGCCGGCUUGUCAAAAAUUCCAUGUGGAAGAGCGGCAAUCCCCAGCGUGUACUUUACUUAUAAUGGGGGCUUCUUCGGGGAUGCUUUUAAAAAGUAUAGUUUAUCCCUUUGAUUUGAUUAAGAAAUGCCUGCAUAUACAAGGUUUCGAAUCAAAUCGUCAAACAUUCGGUCACUAGCGCUAUUGAAUAUAUCCUUGACACCCAGACGUUGCAAAGACUCUUCUUCAAUUGCUUUACCUGCGCAUAGAUGGACGUUGUUAUAGAGAAAAAUCACUUUUCGAGUUCCUUUAUAAUACAUAUGAAAAGACGAAUUGGCUUACGCAUGGAUAUGCGUAUGAAGUAAACCAAUUCUGAGAGCCAAAUACAUUUUUUCCCAUUGAUUUUUUUCCAUUAUGUCUCAGAAAUAAAUCAGAAGAAGAAUGAUAAGAGCAAUGGUCUAAUUAUGGGAAACUAUUCUGAUAUAUAAGGUGUUUGCGGAAAUGUUGAUCAGUGACUUGUCAGAAAUAAUGGCUAAAAUCGAUGGUGUUGACCAUCCUCAACAAAAAAUAGCAGUUUUCCAUUUAUUCUUAUAGACUUAUUCAGCGUAAGCCGACCAUGAAACGAUAAAAGAAAGCGGUUUUCCACACCAUCCUUGA